AUGUCUUCGGCGAUUUCCCGUGCCAAUUGGGUCACCUUGUACAAAAAUCUGCAACGAGAGGCCGCUAAAUUCCCUCAAUAUAACUAUCGUGCUUUCUUCCAACGCCGAAUCAGGGACUAUUUUGUGAAGAAUCGUUCUGUUGCUGACCCAAAGCAGUUAGAAGCUUUAUACAAGGAAGGUCAACGCAAUCUAGAAGUGAUCCGUCGACAGGCAACCAUCAAUUCUUUGUAUCCUCAUCAGAAGACAGCUGUUGAGGCCACUUUGCAACAU